GAUCCAUUAAUUUCAAUGUUAGGUCGAAUGAUACCACAAACAUGUCGAUACCGAGGCGAACGAUUCGAAUGUGGAUUAAGUAUAAGUUGUGUAUUAGGCGGUGGUCGACCAUUAGAUUUGUGUUCUGGCGGAAUGAUUUGGGCAUGUUGUGUAGAUCGUGAUACAUCAUCGAGUUCUAGCCAUCAUCGUCCCGAAGCAACUAUUUUACCUAACGCUAGUUGUGGAGAAUUAUAUACCAGAAGUAAUCGAAUUGUGGGUGGCCACAGUACUGGUUGGGGCUCACAUCCAUGGCAAGCAGCUUUAAUAAAAACAGGUUUUCUUAGCAGAAAACUUUCAUGUGGCGGUGCCUUAUUGAAUGACCGAUGGGUGGUAACGGCUGCUCAUUGUGUUGCAACCACAGCAAAUAGUGCAAUGCGUGUACGUUUGGGCGAGUGGAAUGUUCGUAGUUCGGGCAACGAUAAUUCAGCAAGUUCUUUGGAUACAGAACGUGCACCUCACGAAGAGUACGGUAUAGAGCGAAAAGAAGUACAUCCAGAAUAUUCACCCACCGAUUUUCGUAACGAUUUAGCGCUAGUACGAUUAGAUCGUCCAGUACGAUUUAAGCAACAUAUAGUGCCAGUUUGUUUACCAGCACCUCAGCUUAAAUUGUCAGGAAAAAUGGCAACUGUAGCUGGAUGGGGUCGAACACGACACGGACAAUCAACAGUACCGUCAGUGUUGCAGGAAGUUGAUGUAGAAGUGAUACCAAAUGAACGUUGUCAACGAUGGUUUCGUGCUGCUGGGCGACGUGAAACCAUUCAUGAUGUAUUCUUAUGUGCAGGAUAUAAAGAGGGCGGUCGUGAUUCGUGCCAAGGUGAUUCUGGUGGACCAUUAACAAUGUCAGUUGAUGGUAGACGUACAUUAAUUGGGCUUGUAUCAUGGGGCAUUGGAUGUGGACGAGAACAUUUACCAGGUGUAUAUACAAAUAUUCAAAAGUUUUUACCAUGGAUUGAUACAGUUGUGGGUUAA